GAUGAUGAUGAUGAUGAAGCACCUGGGUGAAUUGGGCUCGAUUAAAGCCAGCUUCCUUUCCUUCAGUGCCAUGUAGGCAGAAAUAACAGCACCCACACGCCAUCAUGCUGCUUUGCUUACUGUAUCCUUAAUCCAGCAGUGGACAAGUCGAGUUUAUCCCGAGUCCGGACACAGAGCUCACUCACUGCAGGAGCUUGGUAUGCUUUUAAAGUGGUCCAGGAAUGCCCAAGGAGAAAUAUGAGCCGCCGGAUCCUCGGCGGAUGUACACGAUAAUGACCAGCGAAGAGGCAGCAAGUGGGAAAAAAUCUCACUGGGCUGAGCUUGAGAUAAGUGGUAAAGUGCGGAGUCUAAGCUCGGCCCUGUGGUCGCUCACUCACCUCACUGCUUUGCACCUCAGUGACAACUCGCUGUCACGGAUCCCCCCCGACAUUGCCAAGCUACACAACCUUGUGUACCUGGACUUGUCAUCCAAUAAGAUCAGGAGCCUGCCAGCUGAGCUCGGCAACAUGGUGUCUCUCAGGGAACUGCUUUUAAAUAACAACCAGUUGCGGGUUCUACCUUUCGAAUUGGGGAAACUGUUUCACUUACAAACACUGGGGUUAAAAGGAAAUCCACUUGCACAGGACCUCAUGAGCCUCUACCAGGAACCGGACGGCACCCGCCGACUGCUGAACUACCUUUUGGACAAUCUCGCUGGUGCUAUUAAACGCAUCCCAACUGAGCAACCGCCGUCCAGGUCGUGGAUCGUGCUACAGGAGUCGGAGAGGGUCAGGCCCGCAGCCGUGUUCUCUGUAAUGUGCUACAACGUACUGUGCGACAAGUACGCAACACGCCAGCUGUACGGUUACUGCCCUCCCUGGGCUCUCACCUGGGAGUACAGGAAGAAGGUCAUCAUGCAGGAAAUACUCAGCUGCAAUGCUGACAUCAUCAGCUUACAGGAAGUGGAGACGGAACAGUAUUAUAACUACUUCCUGGUGGAGCUGAAAGUGCAGGGGUACGACGGAUUCUUCAGUCCGAAGUCCCGAGCCAGGACCAUGUCCGAGUCAGACAGGAAACACGUGGACGGAUGUGCAAUAUUCUACAAGACCGAGAAGUUCAGCAUGGUGCAGAAGCACACGGUGGAGUUUAACCAGCUCGCCAUGGCUAACUCGGAGGGCUCGGAGGCCAUGUUGAAUCGCGUCAUGACGAAAGACAACAUCGGAGUGGCGGUGCUGCUGGAGCUACGCAGGGAAAUGAUGGAGAUGACACCGGGCAAACCUCUCCUUGGCCUGGAGAAACAGCUCCUCCUAGUGGCCAACGCCCACAUGCACUGGGACCCGGAGUAUUCCGACGUGAAGCUGGUUCAGACCAUGAUGUUUCUGUCCGAGGUGAAGAACAUCGUGGACAAAGCCUCGCGCAGCCUCAAGCUCUCCUCCAUAUCUGGAGAAACCAACGCCAUCCCUCUGGUGCUGUGUGCUGAUCUCAACUCGCUGCCUGACUCCGGUGUGGUGGAAUUCCUGAGCACAGGUGGGGUAGAUUGCACACACAAAGACUUUAAGGAGCUGCGCUACAGUGACAGUCUGACCAACUUCAACUGCAACGGCAAGAACAGCUCGUCGAACGGCAGGAUCACGCACGGCUUCAAGCUCAAGAGUGCCUACGAGACCGGGCUCAUGCCUUACACCAACUACACCAACGACUUCAAGGGUGUGAUCGAUUACAUCUUCUGCUCUGAGCCUCAGCUGAAUGUUUUGGGUGUCUUGGGACCACUGGACCACGACUGGCUCCUGGAGAACAACAUCAGAGGCUGCCCGCACCCUCACAUCCCAUCAGAUCACUUCUCCCUGUUUGCACAGCUGGAGCUGCUCCUGCCCCAGCAUCCCCCUAUCAACGGGGUGCACCUGCCCGCGCGCAGGUAGUCAGAUCCCGCCCCGAGACGCCACCGCGGGGGGGGGCGGCACUGCACACUCCCACCUCUGACACGUUCUUCUGGCAACUUACUGAAAACGACCGAACCUCGAAACUACGCCAUUCUUUUAUGUGCUUCUUCUUCUUCUUUUCUUUUUUUUUUCUAUGUUAAUUUAAUUUUUAAAAAAAAAAAUCUCGAAUGUCUUUUAUUUCCCUUCCUUGUUUACUCGACGGAGCCAAAUUCGCUUCUAAACUCUAAAAGACGCUCGGUUUCCUCUUUCUCUGUCUCUCGUUAAGCUUUGUUUUAUUGUCGUUUUCUAGUCGUACGCAUGGGUUUCUGUUCAAUCACUACUUUUUCCACAGCGCUUCGGUAUCGUCGUUCUCAUCCUCCACCCAAAAAAAACAAAAGAAAACAAGGCGUAAGUAGUUUGUAGGUUGUAUGUGGUCUUGUAUCAGGAUGCGGUAUCUGUAGUUUAGCUCGCACACGUCAGGGUUGUGAUCAGAAGAGAGUCUGGGCUGAAGGAAAUGGAGGUCAUAAUGCCAACGGCAGUCAGAUGUUUAAUAAUCUAAAGCCAGCAAUGAUUCCUGAAUCCUCACCCAAGUGCAUUAAACCUCCUCGUUCCUUUCUAAGCCCUGAACGGAUUGAAAAAAAGAAAAAAAAAAACUCGAAAUAUCUGACAAGCAAUAGCUCACAUCCGUUUCUGCUUUUUUGUACGUACACGUGUGCUCAGAUUUUAGCUUUCGUUCUUAUGCGUGUCUUUUAAGAGCAGCUUCAGAAAGCGUACGUGUUGCUUAUAUGGGUGCCAGUCUUUUUUAAACGUCCCGCGGGACGACAGGAGCGACUCGAGCGUCUCACGCGUCCGCUCCUAAAAACGGUGCAAUAUUCUCAACAGCGUAAUCCUUUUAAAGCUUAAAGCCGUGGCAGACGUUUUUAUACGAGCUUAAAUACGACAAAUCCUCCAGUGCACUUAUUCCGAAAGGGGUUACGAACACACAGCGAUCGAUCGAUUUGGCUUCUUUAAAUUCUGUUCGAUGCGAACGAUUCGAACGCAUUGGCUUGAUCACUGGUUGCCCGUUAACUUUAUUUGUUAAUCAUAUUGUGUUUUAAUUAUUAUUAUUAUUAUUAUUAUUAUUAUUUUUUUGUUUGUUUUUGCGACUGAGCUAUGCACCUGGAAAUGUUUAGCUUCGUUGGAUGUGAGGUCGCUGCGCACGCUCCCACGCGGCGCGGCGCAGGAGGAAGGUUUCAGCGGGUCUGUAUUCAACCAGCAUCCGUUCACUGUGUUUUGUGGAAAAGUGGAGAACAUUCCGUUUUUUCCCCCACAAACUGCUCAUAACUUCUCGAGGUGUGUAGCACUGUCUUUUGCGGCCAGUAGUUUUACGCCCCGUUGUUAAUAAUCCUCGUGGGCUUUUCUAUCCCUCCCCCCUCCCUCCCUCAACCCCCUUUCCCAAAAUACUUUAAACUCACACACACGUAUCUAUACACAGUUAGUCUUUUAUCUCUACUUGAUUCUAUAUUGAGCCACAGACUUUUUUUUUUUUUUUUUUUUUUUUUAAAAGAUUCUUUUUUGUACUACAGAUAAAUUAUGAUUCAGAUUUUUUUUUUUUGUAUUGUCUGAGUGUGACUGCAUUUUUAAAGACAGUAAAUCCAAUUUACCAGCUUGUUUUUAAAAAAAAAAAAAAAAGAAAAGGAAAAAAAAAAAAAAAAAAAAAAAAAAAAAGGUUGAAGAGGUUGUUCCCAGGCGUCGCUGCCACGCACUCUUGCACUCGGUGAUGUUUCGCUUCGUUAGGUUUCCCGCUUCCUUCCUGUUAAACUUAACUCUAGUCAUACGUCAACACCACCCCCCCAACUCCCUUCCCUUCCCAGAGUCAUUUCCGUGUCGUCGAGGUCCGCGUCGUGCCUCGGCGUGUCCUUAUCUUGCACUACCAGCGAUCGCCUGUACAACCUCUCAUCCUUAACACCACCAUUUUAUGGCUUUAAUUUUUCCCCCCCUUCUCCUUUAUAAUACCCUUUUACCCCCCUGAACUACUGUACUACGCAAAGGAAUCAGGUCUGUAAUAUUAUUAAAAAAAAAAACAAAACGUUAUUUUUGUAGCUAAAGCAUCUGUGGUAGGGCUCUCUAUCUUUCCUAGUUUUGAAAAACGCCACUCGUCGGCGGACGUUUCGUUCCUCGCAUGUCCCGUAAAGUCUCUCCUUCCUUUUUUCCGUAUAACCCGAGCUGACUUUAUAUAAUCCCUUUCUCGAAUUCAGUUGGUGUCUUGUGUAGUGCCACGUGGUGCGUUCUUCUUCUAUGAAGCCAUUUAGCUUAGAUUCCCCUCUUUGACUUCCUUUUGUUGAAGUGGACAGGGACAGGGGCCUCGUUCUCGUUUCGUAUUUUCCGUUUUUUCAGCAUCUCUGUCGACACGUUCACAGCUUUAGGACCAAACGACUCCAGACUCCUGUCCGUAAAAAUCUUCUGCGGUCGGUUUAUCGGCAUCACGUUUUCUUACGCUUUUAGAAAGUAGACGGAAGGGAUCGGUCGGCACUCGACACGAGACCGACUGACGAAUUCGGUCCCGUUUUUAGCUCCGAGCCGUCGGUGAAAACCAUGAAAUUCCACCAUGAAAUUGUAAACCAUUUUUAGCAGUUAAGAUACGACUUUGCACCACAUUGUUUUUAUGUAUUGUAAAUGACACAUUUAUCCCUGUUAAUGACUCUGACUUGCUGAAGGUAUUGUAGAUUUCAGUAGCUUUUUGUAAAGUGUGAAUAAAAUGUGUAUUGCCUAUUUUCUUUCUACAAAUGA